CGAGCGCCCCUGCUUGGGGCUGGCGGGGGGACUUCCUGAGUGUGGCCUGCUCCCCGCUUCUAGCCCGGAAUUAGGGAACAAGGACCUGAGUCGCGUCGUCGCCCCUGCCUUUGGGAAAUUCACCCCGCUUCCUCCCUUCCCCUCCCCUCCGUCUAGUUGGUGCUCUGGCUGCCCGAUGCCGAACACACUCUCCGUGGAUUGACAUCCGCCCUGGGGUGCAGUGACUGACGCUGAAUUUUGGUUCCUGUUCACUUGCGUGUGGCCCGAGAGAGUUAAGCCGGAGCUUUGCUUUCAAGGAUAGAGGAGGCGCGGCCGCUCCACCGGACAUAAAUGGAUCUAAAGACGGCAGUGUUUAACGCAGCUCGCGAUGGCAAACUCCGGCUCCUCACCAAGUUGCUGGCAAGCAAAUCCAAAGAGGAGGUUUCCUCCUUGAUCUCCGAGAAGACCAACGGGGCCACGCCGCUGCUGAUGGCCGCCAGGUAUGGGCACCUGGACAUGGUGGAGUUCCUCCUGGAGCAGUGCAGCGCCUCCAUAGAAGUCGGGGGCUCGGUCAAUUUCGACGGCGAAACCAUCGAGGGAGCCCCCCCUCUGUGGGCCGCGUCGGCCGCGGGACACCUGAAGGUGGUCCAGUCUUUGCUAAAUCAUGGGGCGUCCGUGAACAACACGACUCUAACCAACUCCACCCCUCUUCGAGCCGCGUGUUUUGAUGGCCACUUGGAAAUCGUGAAGUACCUCGUGGAACACAAGGCUGACCUGGAGGUGUCCAACCGGCACGGGCACACCUGCUUGAUGAUCUCGUGUUACAAGGGACACAAAGAGAUCGCUCAGUACUUACUGGAGAAGGGGGCCGACGUCAACAGAAAAAGUGUGAAAGGUAAUACUGCCUUGCAUGACUGUGCAGAAUCCGGAAGUUUGGACAUCAUGAAGAUGCUGCUUAUGUAUUGUGCCAAGAUGGAGAAAGAUGGUUAUGGAAUGACUCCGCUUCUCUCAGCAAGUGUGACUGGUCACACAAAUAUUGUGGAUUUUCUGACACACCAUGCACAGACCAGCAAGACGGAACGCAUCAAUGCUCUAGAGCUCCUGGGAGCGACGUUUGUAGACAAAAAAAGAGAUCUGCUUGGGGCUUUGAAGUACUGGAAAAAGGCUAUGAACAUGAGGUACAGUGAUAGGACGAAUAUAAUCAGCAAGCCGGUGCCGCAGACGCUGAUCAUGGCUUACGACUACGCCAAGGAGGUCAACAGUGCGGAAGAGCUGGAAGGCCUCAUCGCCGACCCUGACGAGAUGAGGAUGCAGGCACUCCUGAUCCGAGAACGGAUCCUCGGUCCUUCUCACCCUGAUACCUCUUACUACAUCAGGUACAGAGGGGCUGUCUAUGCAGACUCGGGGAAUUUCAAGCGAUGCAUCAACCUGUGGAAGUACGCUCUGGACAUGCAGCAGAACAAUCUGGACCCUUUGAGCCCCAUGACUGCCAGUAGCUUGUUAUCUUUCGCAGAGCUCUUUUCCUUUAUGCUCCAAGAUAGGGCGAAAGGCCUGCUGGGCACGACUGUAACAUUUGAUGAUCUUAUGGGCAUACUGUGCAAAAGCGUCCUUGAAAUCGAACGUGCCAUCAAGCAAACUCAGUGUCCGGCUGAUCCGCUGCAGCUGAAUAAGGCUCUUUCCAUCAUUUUGCACUUAAUUUGCUUGCUAGAAAAAGUUCCUUGUACUCUGGAACAGGACCAUUUCAAAAAGCAGACUAUAUAUAGGUUUCUUAAGCUGCAUCCGAGGGGAAAGAAUAACUUUAGCCCUCUUCAUCUGGCUGUGGACAAGAAUACAACAUGUGUAGGGCGGUACCCUGUUUGUAAGUUUCCAUCUCUGCAGGUGACUGCCAUAUUGAUAGAAUGUGGUGCUGAUGUGAACGUCAGAGACUCCGACGACAACAGUCCCCUACACAUCGCCGCCCUGAACAACCAUCCAGACAUCAUGAAUCUCCUUAUUAAAUCAGGUGCCCAUUUUGAUGCCACAAACUUGCACAAACAAACUGCUAGUGACUUGCUGGACGAGAAGGAAAUAGCUAAGAAUCUGAUCCAGCCCAUAAAUCACACCACAUUGCAGUGUCUCGCUGCUCGUGUCAUAGUGAGUCAUAGGAUAUAUUAUAAAGGGCAUAUCCCAGAGAAGCUGGAGACCUUUGUUUCACUUCAUAGAUGAUAAUUUGACUGUGUUCUCGCACUGUUAAAGCACGAAUUGGUGACAGUUGUUUCAUAAAUGAGCACUGUUGUGAUAACACCAGCAUUCAUUUAGCUUGAUAUCAUUGUGCUCUCAUUGGCUAAAGCAUUAUAAGCAUCAAAUUUACAGGAUUGGUUUCCCAGUAUUUAAUAUAAAUGUACCAUAUAAUAUAUUGUUUGUGAAUUAUUAAGAAAUGUCAUAUUCAAAUUUUUUAAAUUGUCUGCCAAAGGCUGUCCAUUCUGAUUCUGUUUGCUGUGGGGUGUUCGGGACAGAGUUAACCAUUUUUCAGUGGUAUCUUUAUACUUACACCGGUUGUGGAUUUUAUACAGUUGAAGGUCUUUUUUUCCUGCUUCUUCCCUUUCUUCAAGCUUCUCCCCUGUUUCCACGUUAUUUUUUUCCCUAACCAUUUCUACUACAAUUUUCCCCCUUAUGGGCCCAUGCUAGGUUGUACAAACAUUAUGGACUUGUUACUGUUUGCAGUUACCAUAAGUGCUUUAUCUUCUCUAUGCACCGGCUUAAACUGGACUGUUGUAUGUUGGCACAUUUUCUAUGCAGCAGUUGGUCAACUUAACUCAGAACACUGUUUUCUUGAGUUUGUUACGAAGUUUGCUUUAUUAAAGCAUGACAAUUUCUAGAGCCCACAGGUUAGCUAUUUGGAGUGCAAGCUUUUCUGUUUGUUUUGUUUUUUUUUUUUUUUCCUUUACACCUGAGGUUUCUCUCAUCCACUGAAAAUCUUGUGUGCUAAAUUUGGGAAACAGAUCUGUUCUCAUUAACCCAGUUGCAAUUGAGGUCUGUCAUCUUAGUGUGCGAUGCGGGCAAAGGAAGGAAGGCUGUCUAAGGUGACCCACCUUUCAUGUGCACCAGCGUCGUCCUGCUUGUGCUGAUGGUGUGACUCGGUGUAGAGAAUUUGCUUAAAUUUAACCUUAAAGUUUAUCACACAGCUUAACAAGUCACAUUGACAUACUCAGUAAUUGAACUGCAAAUCACUUUUAGUUACAAAAAGAGCUAAAGCAUGUCAGUGGCAUGAUGCUUGCCAAGCCAGAUCUAGGCAUCUAGGAUAAUUAAGGUAUUUUAGUAUGCAGUUUAUUGCCAUAGUAUCAAAGAUCAGCAACAGUGUUCUUUCUUUCUUCAAGCUUAUGUAUACCUUUAAAGAUAACUUGCAUGAAUUAUUUUGCUCUCAAUAUUUGUCACCCAACUUAAACACAAAAGGUUGCAGUGCUUCUGUUCCCUUAUUGAAAGUUUAAGUCUUGCCUUGCCCUGUUUUAUCCUUUUUUUAAGCCUCCCUCCCUCUCUCUUCCUGUCUUCCUUUCUUUCUCUUCUUCCCUGCUCUUCUCUCCCUCCCUCUUUCUCCCUCCUGGUUCUCUCCCUCCCUCUCUCCCUCCUUCCUUGUUUCCUACCUCCUUUCUUGCUUGCUUCUUCCUUUCCUUCCUUUUUAAAACAGAUUUGCUAAAUGCCACAGAAAGGGCUCUUUUAACUUCAGAAAAGAUAAAUGCAAAGUACUAAAAAGAUUCAGGAAUUAUCAUUCAGCACUUUACUGUUAUUCAGAAUGAAAUUUGUGAUGGCAUGUAUUUGCCUUACAGCUGUCUUGAUGAAGUUGUUCUGAAUAAAAAAAGCUCCUUAUUGAUUUGAGAAAAGUGCAGUUUACCUGUGAGUUUAGUGAGCCUGGUCACUCACUUGGAUUUUUGUGUGGACAUUUUUUUCUGAGGGUUGAUGUAUUGUGAUUUAAGGAGUCAUUGCAAACAGUCAUAUUAGGUAUGUCUUCAUUAUUAUAGUAAACCUGUAAUGAAGAAUAGUAAGUAAGUAUUAGAACAUUAGACUUUUUGGUUAAAUAACCGAGUUUAAUUUUUUGAAAGAUACUCAUUUUACUAGGUUGUAAGUGGAAUUUCACCAUUGUAAAAGGUGGAUUGGAUGUGAGUGGGCACUCUUCAACCUUUUAAUGAAGAGGGUUAGUUCUUACUGUGGGCAAAUUUGACGAAAUACUGGACUGCCACAUAUAUUAAAAAUAUUGUAAUUUGUGAUAUAGACAAAUAUUCUAGAGAUAUCAAACAUCAUUUUGAAAUCAGCUGCCUCUCACCUUGUGGUAUAAGAGUUUUAUAUGCAUGAGCUACUCUUUUUACAAAGGAAGAAUUUGCCAGUGAAAUGAACCUACUUUAGUUGAUCUCAUUAAUUUUCGUGUGAAAGAUGGCAAUUGGGCUUUUAGGUGACUUAGUAUUUCCUCCUGCUUUUUAGAGGGUGGAUGGGAGGGGCUUAUAGCUCUUAGACAAAGAUACUUUUCACUGUUCUGCAGGAGAACCUGAAUUGUGCCUCUCUGGCAUAAAUUAAGAAUUUCUUUAAAUAGCAUUUUCCCACCACUAAAAAUAGAUGACUUAGAGCUAAGGAGUCCUCAGUGUUGAAAGCUGAAACCUUGUUCCAGGCCAGAUCCAGUUCUCCCUUCUGUUUGCCAUCUCCACAGAUGCCAUCAGGGGCUCUUGAAAAGAGUCAGCUCAAGAGCCAAAAUUGCCCAUAAUUUUAUUUUAGAGAAAGUUGGUUCAUAAAUGGGACUGCAGGGCCUUCAUCAGAAGGUAUCCUCAGAAAGGUCAUGAGUGAAUAAAAGAAAACACUUGAAUUUGUGUUGUGUUAACCAUAGAUGAAUAAAUGUAAUAAUUCAAGAGUUAAUUCUACUUACUUGAGUCAAACUAAGCUGUAUGUUGUAGAGGGCUGGAGCUGACGUGUACCUUUUGAUGACAUUUCGGCAGAAUUGCCCUGUUGCAAGCUGCUGAUUUUUAGCUAUCCCCACUAUUUUCAUCGUUUCUCUGAAAGAAAUGGUUAUUUGACUCAGACUAGAUACCAGUCUACUUUACAAAGACAAAUGGAUUAAAGAUUAAAAUUUAUCCGUAAAUCUGAUCGGCAUUGGCCCAAAUCACCUAGAUAAUUUGGUGCCCUUUGUGGUUUUGGAGUUGAGUGACUGCUGACUGGUAAAGUGACAACCUUUAAUGUGUGGUAUGUUAGACCGUCUACUACGACUUGGGAAAAUCAUUUAGAUUAGGUUUGGAAAGUAGCUCUUUAAAACCUUAUGCAGGUGUAAUAGUCCUAAUUAAUUUUUUCAGAAUUGUGGGGGCUGGUUGAGAUAAUAACACUUACACAUGGUAACAGCAGCACUACUGCCUGGGACUGUAACCAUUUUAGAGUUAGAUACUAAGGAAAUUGAAAAUAAUUGGCCGUCACCUUUUCUUUUUUUUCUUCUUUUUUAUUUACUUUUUUGCCCUCAUGUAUCAUUAAACAAUAUGUUUCUCUCCCUUUUGUCCGUUCCCAUUGUGUAUUUUUCAAAAGAAGUACUGUAUUCAGAUGCCAGCCAAUAAAUUGUCACACAAUGGAAAA